CUUGAGCUUGCCAGGCCUACAAAAGCACUUGAUAUAUAUUCUGUUUUCUGUCUCCAUUAAACUUCUCUCGUAGGACAAUCUGCCUCUUUUAAGAUCUCCAAGUUCAUCACUACCAGAAAGCCGACUUUUACGGUUUGACCGAGACGAUGAAGUUGAUUCUUCUGGGAUUCCGUAUCUUGGCGGCCAUUGCGGUGUUAGUGGGGGCAGAGUCAAUUUUCGACACAAAUGCGACGGCAAUCGUUCAGUGGCUUAUUACAACACCAACGUGCUCAAUGCCAUGCUUCUCCGAGGUACUAUCAUCAGGACGCUGCCAGCUGAGCGGGCUUGCUAAAUGCGCCUGUACAAACGACGACCUUCAGCUACGAGUCUCUACAUGUGUACAAUUAUCCUGCGACUUCACUGAUCAAGUUAAUGCGUUACGAAAAUCACAAGUCCUGUGCUACGAAUACCCAACUACUUCUCGGAGAGGUAGCGCCCCGAUAUUCGCCCUCGCGCUACCAAUUAUCACGUUGAUCAUCGUAUUAUUAAGAUGUUUUGCCUCAUGGACAAUUGCACGUAAGCUGUGGUUGGAUGACUAUGUUACUCUAGUAGCUUUGGGACUACUUAUUAUUUCCUCGGUAUGCGGAGCAAUUGCCAAUUCCCUAGGCUUCGGCAAGCACUACUGGGCCGUCAACCCCGAUUCGGCCAAGACGCUUCUACAGGUGUUCUACGCCCUACAAAUUAUGUAUAACCUCGUAAUUAUCACCGCAAAAAUUGCAAUCUGCUGCUUCUACCGUCGAAUAUUCCCUAAUAGGUGGUUACAAGUGGCUACAAAAGCCGCUAUUAUCCUGAUUGUUGUGCAUGGGCUUAUCUUUUUCUUCCUGAUCGUAUUCCAAUGUAUACCGCUAGCUAUGAUCUGGAAUAAGUCAGUUAAGGGGCGUUGCCUUAAUAUUACGGCCAUUGGGUAUACGGCAGCUAUAAUAGGUAUUAUGGAGGAUAUAGUGCUGCUUAUUAUGCCGAUCCCGAUAUUAUUACAACUACAACUUGGACUUAAGAAGAAGCUUGGCUUGGUCUUCAUGUUCAGUCUUGGCUCAUUCGGGUGUAUAACCAGUAUCGUUCGACUAAAGUAUUUGGUCUCCUUUGCGAACACCUUUGAUCCAACAUGGGACAACACAGACAUCAUCAGCUGGAGUAGUGUGGAGGUCAACGUGGCUAUCGUGUGCGGCAGCUUGCCGUUGCUUCGGCCCGUGUUCAAGUACUUGUCAAAUCCCUUCAAAGCAGUCAAGGUGUCAAGCAGUGAAAGCAUCUACUCCUUGCAGCGGAGAAGGGGACUGAAUUCACCUGAAGUGUGAUGUUUAAGGCAUCCACUAUAGGUGGGAAGGUUUUGCUAUCGAGGAAGACGCGAAUUUCGCGUCAGAUGUGUAAUCUUUCAAGCAUCACCUACUAUAUCGGUUUUCUCUCGUGUACGACUAUAACACUGUUUACUUAGUAUUCGCAGCCUCAACUUCUACUAACGUACUCACUACGACUAGCU